AUGGCCAAGAUUCCACGCAAUUUCAGACUCCUUGAGGAGCUUGAGAAGGGCGAAAAGGGUAUCGGCGAUGGAUCAUGUUCUUACGGCUUAGAAGAUGGAGACGACAUCAUGAUGAGCAACUGGAACGGCACUAUCAUCGGUCCUGGACAUACAGUGCACGAGAACCGCAUCUACAGUCUCAAGAUCCACUGUGGCAUAUCUUAUCCAGACGAGCCUCCCACUGUGCAGUUCAUCUCACGAGUGAACCUUCCGUUCGUCAGUCAAGCAGACGGCAAAGUAGAACAGUCGAAAUUAACCGUCCUCGCCAAAUGGAACCGAGACAACAGCAUCGAGACCGUUCUGGUCAGCAUUCGACGAGAAAUGGCUUCGUUCAACAAUCGAAAGCUUCCCCAACCGCCAGAGGGUAGCGUGUUUUAG